AGGGUUCUGACGAGUGAAAGGUCGUUCGGUGGGCUCGACGCACAGAUCUCGGAUCACAGGCUAGAGAGAGAGAAGACCACAGAGAUGGCAGCGGCCGCGGCGGCGUCGAUGCGGUGCUUCCUACUACUCAUCGUUGCGAUCGUCCUCGUCCUCGUCCAGGCUAAAGAAUCUAAGGGAAGUUCAAAGGAAGUAUCACACAAGGUCUACUUUGAUGUUGAGAUCGGUGGAAAGCCUGCUGGUCGCAUAGUUAUGGGUCUUUUCGGAAAAACUGUGCCUAAGACAGCAGAAAACUUCCGAGCUCUAUGCACAGGUGAGAAAGGUGUAGGCAAGAGCGGGAAAGCUCUUCACUUCAAGGGGAGUACUUUUCACAGAAUAAUACCCAGCUUUAUGAUCCAAGGAGGUGACUUCACACAUGGAGAUGGAAGGGGUGGAGAAUCUAUUUAUGGCAUGACAUUUGCUGAUGAAAACUUCAAGCUCAAACACACCGGGCCAGGAUUCCUGUCAAUGGCAAAUGCUGGCCGUGAUACCAACGGAUCUCAGUUUUUCAUCACAACUGUGACAACUAGCUGGUUGGAUGGUAAACACGUUGUUUUUGGGAAAGUUCUAUCGGGCAUGGAUGUGGUGUACAAGAUUGAAGCAGCAGGGAAGCAGAAUGGAUCACCUAAAAGCGAAGUCGUGAUUGCCGACAGCGGGGAACUGCCUUUAUGAGACCCUUUUUUAACUUUUUUCAAUAAGCUAGCUUUUUAAGAUGCUGCAUCUGAUCAUUUUAUUGGCGAAACAUUGCUGGAUCAGAACUGGAGAAACCUUAUGGUUGGUAGUGAAUUGUGUUUUUUGCCCAUCUGCCAUUACAAUAGCUCAGAUUCCCAGCA